CUGUGUGUGUUGUAAUUUUUAAAGAGCCGGUUGUCCUGAAAUGCAGCCACAGGUUCUGUAGAGUGUAUCUGAAGCAGUACUUGAAAGGGCUCUCGAGAAAGUCCCAUCUGCAGGAGAAAGGCCUCUGUGGAUUCUCCUCCGGUAAACCUGGCUUUAGGAAGCACUGUGGAGUUCUACUUCAAGCAGAAGACUGAGACUCAAAUUACAGACAUGAGUGACACUCACUGCAGUCUCCAUGGCGAGAAACUUCUACUAUUCUGCGAACAUGAUAAAGAGCCUCUCUGUCUCGUCUGUCAGACUUCAAAAAAACACAGAAACCACUCGGUCUGUCCAGUGGAACAGGCAGCACUGGAUCUGAAGGAGGAACUCAAGCCUGCACUUAAUCUUAUUAAAGAAAAACUGAAGAGGUUUACUGAGGUUGAACAAGAAUGUAAGGAAACAGCAGAACAUAUCAGGAGUCAGGCCCAGCACACAGAGAGGCAGAUAAAGGCAGAGUUUGAGAAGCUCCACCAGUUCCUGCGAGAGGAAGAGGAGGCCAGACUAGCUGCUCUGAUGGAGGAAGAGGAGCAUAAGAGUCAGAUAAUGAAGGAGAAGAUAGAAAACAUCACAGGACACAUCUCCACUCUUACAGACAAAAUCACAGCUAUAGAGAAGGCCAUGGACACUGAAGACACCUCCAUUUUACAGAGCUACAAGAACAUCAAGGAAAGAGCCCAGUGCACACUGCAGGAUCCAGAGCUGCUCUCAGGGGCACUGAUAGAUGUGGCCAAACACCUGGGCAACCUGAAGUUCAGAGUCUGGGAGAAGAUGCAGGAGAUGGUGCAGUACACUCCUGUGGUGCUGGACCCCAACACUGCAGCCCCCUGUGUCUCUCUCUCUGAUGACCUGACCACUGUGAGAUACACAGGUACAGAGCAGAAAUGUCCUGACAAUCCAGAGAGGUUUAAACCCAGUGUGCAUGUGCUGGGAUCUGAGGGGUUUACCUCAGGGACACACAGCUGGGAGGUGAAGGUUGGGAAUAAACCUAGGUGGGCUAUAGGAGUGGUGAAAGAGUCCAUCAGUAGGAUGGGAAAAAUAACAUACAGCCCAAAGAAAGGAUUCUGGGUCUUAAGGCUGAGGCAUGGUAAUGAGUACUAUGCAUCUGGACCUGCUGGCCUCACAAUGAAGAGGAAGCCCCAGAGCAUCAGAGUGCAGCUGGACUAUGCCAGGGGGGAGAUGUCCUUCUUCGACUCCAGUGACAUGUCACUCAUUUACACUUUUAAAGACACAUUUACUGAGAGAGUGUUUCCGUACUUUGGUCCCGGUUUGAAAGAAGAUAAGGAUGAAGGACCCCUGCAGAUAUGUCCAGUGAAAAUCUCUGUAAAAGUAAUGUCAAACCAGUGAAGGUAUUUGUUUUUAAAAAAGAACAAAGUAGAGAUGUUGUACUUGGACAUAACCUUUGUUGUUUCUAAUGUGUCUCAGCAUGCCUGGAUGCUGAUUUGGGUACUCUGGGGUAGACUUGCUGGAGAUGUGAAUUGAUCAAGGUGAGGUGGUUGAUGGCCUACCAGAAAUAAAUGUGAGGCAGACAUACACUCAGAUAACAGUGAUCAUUUGGUUAAUGUAAUAAGCCUCAGUAUGCAGGAAUACUGAUUUGGGACAGACCAGAGGAAGUGCAAAGGGGGGUGUUUUAAUAGUCUGUCAGAAGAGAGCAGACAUGCAUGCAGAGGUAACAGUUACUGCUUGAUUUCCUGCAACUUCAUUGCUAGAUUUUGUCCUGGAAAAGGGGUAAAAAGCUGGUGCUUGAACCACACUUUAUUGUGACUUACCUGCAUUGCUUUUACCUCAUAUCUUUCAUGCUGUGCAGGAGACAAUUUUUGUUUAUUAAUAUUAAUUGGUAUUGAUCUAAACUUUUGAACUAAUAAUUUUACUUUGCAAAGGAUCAAAUUCCAUCAUACCUAAAAAAUACUAUAGAAGAAAUCAAUUUAUUAUUAUUAUUUUUAUUAUUAUUAUUAUUAUUAUUAUUAUUAUUAUUAUUAAUAAUAAUAAUAAUAAUAAUAAUAAUAAUAAUAUAAUUAAUUAUUUGGGUUUUGUUUUCAUCUAGCUCAUAGGACAAAUCAUUUCAAUUAAUGUUUAUACAUAAAGCAAAUGUGCUCUUUUUAUUCGUUUUUAUUUUCCAUUGCAGUUGAAAAAACAAGUUGGUGUACAAUCAGUCCUGGUAUCAUAAAAACAUAUGUAAAAUAAAAUUUUAAAACAUUUAAUUUUAAAACAAUUGUAAAAAAUGCAGAUGCAUUCGUCUGGUUUAAUCAAAUUAUUUUAUAUCUGAUUUAUUUAAAUCCUGGGUGGAUAAGGCAGUGUACAAGCUUGAAAAGUUUACAUAUCGUGAGCUCUAUUCAGAUUGAUUGCAUCAGUCUCCUGUACACUUUUCAGACUUUACUUUACAGAUGCAGUGAAGAAUAAAUUCACCCUGUCAGCUCCAUGCUGUAGGAUUUACAUCUGAGCCUUCAGUAGCCUCACCUGCACACCUGCCAUUGGUUUCUCAUUCCCUUUCCUUGAAUGAUAGUUAUUAUACGACAGUUAUAAGAAUAAUCACCCAUAAUUAAAUAAUUGAUUUACACAAUUUAAAUGAUUUUACAUGAAUGACUUUUUCUACAAGGCAAUAACAAUAAAAAAAUAUAUAUUCAAACACAA